AUGAGUUUACAUUCCGCUAUUCGAGGAAAACUAAUAGCUGUUAUAGGAGAUGAAGAUACUUGUGUAGGAUUCCUCCUGGGGGGCAUCGGAGAAAUAAAUAAAAACAGACAUUCAAAUUUUAUGGUAGUUGAUAAAAAUACUGCUGUUUCUGAAAUUGAAGAUUGCUUUAAAAGAUUUGUUAAAAGGGAUGAUGUUGACAUCAUAUUAAUUAAUCAAAAUAUAGCAGAAAUGAUUCGACACGCCAUUGACAGUCAUUCACAACCCAUUCCAUCAGUAUUAGAAAUUCCAUCAAAAGAUCAUCCAUAUGAUGCUAGUAAAGAUUCCAUUUUGAGGAGAGCAAAGGGAAUGUUCAACCCAGAAGAAAUUCAGUAA